AUGGGAACCUUCAAUGUUAGAGGUUUCAAAAGCUCUGAGGACAUACUAUCUUACAUCUUACCAAAAAUUGACUUAUUAUGCAUACAGGAGCACUGGCUCCAGGACCACAACCUUGACAUCCUUCAGAAGGCAAGCUCUGAACAUCAUACUGUCAGUAAGUCUUCAGAAAGUUUGACAAACUUGAAUAUCAUCAGUGGCGGCAGAGGAAAAGGAGGUGUAGCAACUUACCUUCGUAAAAAGAACAUUAAGGAGUACACUGAAGUGCCAUGUCAGUCAUCACGGAUAUUGGCUACCAAGAUCAUAUUAAGUGAUAACCCCAGAGCAAGACUGCUGCUUAUAAAUUGUUACCUCCCUUGUGGCACUGCCUCUUCUGACCAAGAAGAGUAUCAAACCUGCCUUGCAGAGAUAACACACCUAAUGGAUAACCACCAGGAAAAUGGACUUCCAAUAGUUAUCGCAGGAGACUUUAAUGUGGACCUAGUGCAUAAGAACUCCAAGAAAACACUUGAAUACAUGAGGAGCUUCAUGUUAUCUUCUCACCUGUCAAGCAUGACAGAGCAACAUUGUACUCCAGGUCAGUUCACCUUCCAGACUGAUGAUGGAAAGAAAAGGUCAAGUAUUGAUGGUUUUCUGGUACAAUCAGUUGAUCUAUCACAGUAUAGUGACUUGUCCAUAAGUGAGGACAUACCUUUGAAUACAUCUGAUCAUUACCUGGUCACAAUGAUUUGGAGUCCAGUGAUGCCCUUAGCACACCAGGUUCAGGUAAGAUCCUCACUUCAUACAGCCAAUAAAGCAAAACCAACAGCAAGGAUAAAAAUCAAAUGGGAUGAGGUUUCCAGAAGUACUAUUCGUGAGUGUUACACAGUGCCCAUUGAACUUGUAGCGGUGGAUAUAUUCACAAAAAUAAAUGUGAGUGAACUCCCUCCUUCAGAGGCAGAGUGGGCUCUCCUACUUCUCUCACAGAAAAUGCUUGCUCAAUCAAAAGAAUUUCCAUACAGUAAACCGAAUCGCAAGAGUCGUGGGAAACCGGAAUGGAACGCAAAUGUUUCUAGCUCCUACCAAGAAGCAAAGCAUGUCUGGAUGUCAUGGAAAAAAGCUGGAAAACCUAAGGGAGUACGCCUGCACAAUGGGUAUCUUCAUCAUAAGAAAGAGUUCAGGAGGAAUCUUCGACAGUCAAGGGCACAAGAACACAGGAAGCACUUGACAAAUAUAGAAGAUGCUUCUCUGUCAAACUCCAAACUGUUUCAUUAUCUGAUAAAGAAACAGAGAUCUGGGAAUGGCUCUAAACCCCAAACGGACACUCUGGAAUACAAAGAUAGAACAUAUCAGGGAUCUCUCAUAUCAGAUGGAUGGAAGCAAUACUUCACAGACCUGGCAAUACCACUGGCGCCCAGUUAUGACUGUGAAGAACCAUCAAAGCCAUCUGCUGAACUCAAGACCAACACCAGCUCUAUUCUGGAAACAGCACUGAUCACUUCUAAGGAACUUGACAAUGCCAUCUUUAGCCUUAAGAGGGGAAAAGCAAGUGGCCCAGAUGAUAUCAGCCCUGAACACCUUCUCUACCUCGGAGAAACAGCCAGGCGGCUGAUUGUCUUGAUAUACAACUCAUUCCUGGCUGCUUCAUACACCCCGCAGAGUCUAAAGGAUGGCCUUGUUCUGCCCCUUCACAAGGGAAAAGGGAAGAAUCCCCGUGAUCCAAAGAACUAUAGGGGUAUCACCCUCACUUCAACACUCUGUAAACUUCUAGAACUUGUCCUUAAACCUCGUAUUGAGAGUUCUCUGUUACAAUGCGAUAUUCCUGAUGAGCUCCAGUUUGGGUUUCAGAAAGGACAUUCCUGUCUCCUUACCUCAUGCUGCCUUGAUCUGGUCCUCGAACUCAACACUCUUAGCAGGAAGCCUACUUAA